CAACUUAAAUUAUGAAUUAGCAAGAAGUCAUGUCGUCUAGAGAACUCAUUACUUAAAUUAAUGACAUUUAGCUCAUUUUUAUGGCAACAUCAUUCGAGUCUAUCCAUAGACAAUAUAACCUUUUCUUUCUGAAAACCAAGCUCUGUCAAGCUAAGGCAAAAUGACGAACUCGAAGGGUUAUCGUCGCGGCACGAGGGACUUGUUCGCCCGCAGGUUCCGCACACAUGGAACGAUCCCGCUUUCCACGUAUAUGAAAGUAUACAAAGUCGGCGAUAUCGUUGACAUUAAGGGUAAUGGUGCAGUUCAAAAGGGCAUGCCACACAAAGUAUACCACGGAAAGACCGGACGUGUUUACAACGUAACAGCACACGCUUUGGGCGUCAUUGUUAACAAGAGGGUGCGCGGCAGAAUCAUCCCCAAGAGGAUCAACAUCCGCAUUGAGCACGUCAAGCACUCAAAAUGCAGAGAGGACUUCCUCAAGAGGGUAAAGGAGAAUGAGAGGCUCCUCAAGGAAGCUAAAGCAGCUGGCAAGGUGGUCAACCUUAAGAGACAGCCACAGCCACCGCGUGCAGCACAUAUUGUAAAGGGUGCCGAGAAGCCAGUGUUACUUGCGCCCAUCCCGUAUGAGUUUGUAGCCUAAUGCAAAAUAUACUAUUUUUAAGCUA